UUUCAACAUUCCAUCCAUCUCUCCUAUCUUUUUCCUUGAAUCUACCUGUCGUCCUACUUUUGUUGCAGAUUUUGCAGCCUGAAGUCACACCAGUCCAUACAAACAUUUACACGACUUUCACAACAUCUUUCUCUCAAUAUUAUUCAUCACUCACUCACCUUCCCAUUCUCUCACUUACACACGUUCACAUAUACGUAGCAAUACGACCUACGUUUUAUCAUACAAACCAAUCCCUCCCUCAGGUAGCAAGGAAGAGAUUUUAUUCAUCUUUUAAUCUAUUCGACCAAGUUUCUUGAUAUAUUUCUGCCUGUCCUCCUUCCCUGCUAUAUAUUUACUUUUCCCCAUUCCAAAAAAAUAAAAGUCUUUUGCUUUUUAAGUGCCUACAGUACAUACAUAUGCAACGGCUCGGAAUCGGCAUCUUGUCAAAUCUAUCAAUCAAAUAUUGUUCGGAUAUGCAGGUGCAAACGCCACUUGCGCAUGGAUUAUCGGGAAUGCCUGCCCGGACUUCGAUGAGUCGGUCUGGACCAUCGUUGGGACUUUCUGGAAUCUCUUUGGUGCAUGCAAAGAAGGAAGAGGACGUUGUGGGGAAUAUAAAUAAAGGCUUUCCAAUGGUUUCAGAGGGAACACAGUCUCAUCCCUCCUCUUUCAAUUCAUCUUCGGCUUCAUCUUCAAGAGAUAGUAUACCAUACCGGGACCUCAAAUCUUUAUCAUCGUCAUUAGCCUUCGGAACACAGAACGGAAGCAAUAUGUUGCUUGUGGAGUCUCUCGUCUUCUUUGCUACGGCAUGCAUUUUAUAUAUCCUCAGCUCUCAACGAAAAACUCAUACACGACGUCCUCAGAAUGGAAGUCAUAAGAGAACUUCUCCUUCUACAAACUCACCAUCAAACAUUACAAAGUUCCUCCAUAACCCUCUCACCCAAAUUUCCCACCUACUAUCAUGUAGCUCAUCCACAUCAUCUACCUCUCUCCCCAGUCCACCCCAUCAACCACCCAAAACCCAACCCGGUCCUCAGAAACCAGCCUAUGCUCUCCCACCACUCAAACCCACCUCUCCCCAUCCAACCUCAAUGGGUCUCAAACGUCUCGACAAAUCCAAUUGGCUCACCAUCGACUCCACCUAUCUCGCCGAGCAUGAACUCCGCGCUUCACUCCUCGAAACACAUGGGCCAUGCGUCUUACAAGUCUUACCCCCAGCCAUCCCAGCCACAUACGAACUCCUCGAAAUGGUCAUUGAGUUUCUCCUAGAUCGAUAUCCAAAUGAUUUCUCCCUCGUGGACGAAAACACAAUCCUCAAUAAGUUAACAGGAGAGCGAUCUAUCAUUGGUUCGAAAUGUAAAAACCCACUCGAGACAGCAGCUCGUCUCUGCAUGGAAGAUUUCAAUCUCUUGUUACAAAAUCCAUCCGAAGAAGAUGGAGAAUGGAAUUUAAUGGCUUCCGCUACGCUCUUUCCCGCAGGCUGGAAAUUGCAAGAGAGAAUCGGGAGUAACAUGGCUGUACUACAUAAACCCGUACCAGGAUGGAAAGAAAAGUUAGGAAAGAGUGUCAAUCGCUACUUCACCCACCUCACCCCGCGCAGCUGCAUGGAACGCUCCAACCUCUUCAUCCAAACCACCCCCAUCCUCUUCCAAGACAUUCCCGAAGCCCCUCCCUCCCCCUCUUCCCCACUCACUCCUUCAGACAUCUACAUCCGUCGCGAACGGCAAACCUUUACUCGUCUCCCGAAAUCCAACGCGGUACUAUUUACCGUACGCACGUACAUGGAAAAAUUAGUCGACGUGAAUAGUGCGGAUGCGGAAGCGAUGGCAAAACAGAUUCGCGGGUGGGACGGGGAGUUGGCGCGAUACAAGGGCGUGGGUAUUUGGGGUGAUGUAACGUUGGGGUAUUGUGAUGGGAGGGUGGAGGAGAUGGAGAAGGAAGAGGAGAGGUUGAGAAGCUUGAGGAGAGAUUCGGGGAUUAGUAUGGGGUGUGAGGAUGCUGGGGAGGAGUUGUAAUGUGCAUGGAUGGAUGCGUGGAUGGAUAUACGUUUGGAGUUUUCACAUUCGGGUUUCACUUUGACUUUUCAGUCUGGACGAACGGAUGCGUGUGGGGGGUCUUCUUUUCUCGAGGUCAAAAAAGCAUUCGCAAUCACAAUGGAAGGAAGAAAGAAAGAAAGAACAAAAGAACGAAGCAAGGAACUAAUGAAUGAAUAAAAACGAACGAACGCACGGGAACCUUGCAACGGGAGGAAAAUCUGCUUUUCAAAAAUUUUACAAAAAUUUCCGCGACAUGGGGAUGGGAUGGGAUUAAUUUAACAGGAAAAGAACAGAACUGUUUUAUUUAGGGGCAUGGUUUUCAUGGUUUUCAUGCGUGGAUUUUAAUAUAUGGGGUAGUGGGGAGGAGAGAGAGAGUAGAUAGAGAUGAGGAAUGAGAUGAUGGAGAUGGAGAUGGAGAUGAAAUAAUAUCUGAUGUGUACAAUGAGAUGAGAUGGCUAUUUACCUACAUGGUACUUAGAAAAUUGAUAGAGAGU